UUGACUUAAAUGCAUUAAGUACGUAAUCUUUGUAAAAAUUGAUUGUUUGAAUCCACCAUUAAUAAUAAAAAAGAAACCAAAUAAUCAUCUUGGAAGAAGUGAGCCAGUGGGAUCUGUUUAAAAGACACGUAGGAACCAAAACAAAACAAAACAAUUCCCGGACACAAACAAAAUGGAUUCGGAAGCUGCGACAUCAGAAUUUCUCUCCCGAGAGCAAAUUAUAAAGAUCCUUAACGAAACGCCAGGGGGAUUUAUAAAACCCACGGAUCCACCGUCACCAGCCCCACGACCUUUUAAAAAACUAGGAGUUUUGGUGGAAAUUGAUGAAAUCGUGGGCCCCCAAGAAAAUACAAUGAAAUCUGGAGACAACAGAUGUAAGGAACAAUCGUACUGUUGCGCAGAAUGUCGAAGGAUGUUGCCCACGGCACAUUUACUAGAUUUGCACAUCACCGAACAGCACGAUUUAUAUUUUGCCGCCAGCGUGGAUCGAGGGGAUAAGCCAAUGUUUUCCUGUUUUCUGGAGGAAUGCACUAUCAAGUUUCAAACUCCCCGACAGCGCAAGGAUCACUGCAUUGUAGUGCACAAGUUUCCGGCCAACUAUCGAUUCGAUCAGGGCAAGGAUAAAGCCAAAGAAAAGCGUCAACCCAAAAGCAAAGUCAAUUCCAUGGAGGUGGACGAGGUGCACGAUGAAACCAGAAGUCUGCCCUACAUAAAGGCCUUUAGUUUUGGCCACCAAACGCACAGGACUUUCUACACUCGCAAGGAUAAAAAACCUGGCGAAUCACUCGAUAAUGUGCAAUCCAUGAAGGAUGCUAUCAACGAUAUUCUGGAUUAGAUUUACACAACUAUUUAUUUUGCGAAUGAAGCAUUAUCCUGGUACAACUACAUUAGUCCGUUAGCGGAAACAUUGAAGAUCAUUUUGCCUUGCCGCUGGGCCUGAAAUGAAUAAAGUUGAGUUUUUAUUGUUGA